AUGAGUUUCGAUACUUUAACCGUUAAUAGAAAUUGUCUUUGGAAUAUUUUGCAUCAUGAAAGAAAUUCACAAAACUUUUCUAUUCCUUUACUAAAAUCUUCAACUUUGUACAAAAUUCUUCUCAAAAUUUCACCUUGGAGUAUAAAAAAUUCGCUGCAAAAGUUCAAUAAUCUCCAAAAUUUCACAGUUAAAUAUCUUGAAAUUCUGCGAAUAUCAAAUAACACCAAAGUCAUAAAUAAUCCUCGGCCAAAAAAGACAUUUGAUAAUUUGUUUAACAAAAUUUAUGUGAAUGCUUUCGAGUCGACAUUAAAGAAGAACAAAAGACUUCAAUGCGAGAAUGUACGGCGAUGUUUACUUCAACUUUCAACGUCCUUAAAUUUCGAAGAUGCACUUUAA